AGCUCCCGGCAGCUCCUGCGGGCGCACCAGGAGAAGCUGUGCCUCGGGAUCCCGGAGCCCGCCAGCUCCUGCCUCCAUGGGGGGAACCCUCUGCCUGCGGAGGGGGCGCCGGGCACGGCAGGGAGGCCACAGGACACCUCGGUCGGGGUGUCCCUGCAUGGAGACGGCCCUGAGCCACACCAUCGCCUUGAGCUCCCCAGGGUCUCAGCGGCUGUGUGGGGACAGCGGGGACGGGGGUGGGCACGGGGGGCUCCCCUGGGGGCCGUGCUCACCCCUCGUGAGCGGGCCCUGCUCCGCACGGCCGAUCCUGCUUCCAGGACACCCACAGUGCAGGUACAGUGAACCCCCUGCCCCUGUGGGCACCAACACCCCGGCGGCUCCCCACACCCCAUGGCUUUUGGUGGUCCAGCCCCUCCUGCCCGCUGAACCCCCUGUGCAGCAGGGAGAGCCCCCCCAGCAGCCGGUCCUGCCCCAGGGGCAGCAGCAGCCGCCACAGGAGCUGCUGGAGGCCCACAAACGCCAAAUGGCCGAGAUCCAGGCCAGGACCCAGCAGCUGGAGCAGCAGAGGGAAGGGCCACCCUCCACCUCGACACCCUCCUGCCACCCUCGGGGCCACUCGCUGCUGAGGCCAGGGCACUGCGACUGUCCUACCUGCGCGCCGGGGGACACGACCCGGCCAUCCUGGACCAGCUGCUCCACCUCCAGCUGGAGGCCACGGUGCUGGAGAAAGGAACCGCAGGGCUGCGCAGGGGCAGGAGGAUGGGGUCUGGAUGCAGCACUGUUGGCUGUGGAGCUGGAAAACUGGCGACUGGAAGAUGAAGUGUUGGCGCUGAAGGUCAGGAGAGAGAGGAGAGCUGACGCUGGCUCGAGGGCGGCCCAGCGGCACUCGGAGGAGCUGGCCCAGCUCCAGGCAGAGGUGGGGAUGCUGCGAUGCCACGCGGAGCAGGCGGGGCCACGGCUGCCCCCACCCAUCCUCCCACCUGCUGUGGCCCCCUCACUGCCACCAGCCCUGGCUGUGCCAGAACUUUUUAUGGAGCCCCCUGGGCCAGCGCUGGGACCAGGCAGCCCCACAGGCCAUGUGCCCCACGGCCUCCCCCUCAGCCCCUUUGUGGCCCUGGAGGACCCUCCUCCUGCUCAGGAGCCCCCAGAACAACACAGACCUCCACGAAGGCUGCUCGAGGCUGAGGGAGGCACCCCCAGAACCCACAGCAGGCUUAGCUGAGACUGAACCCCAGCACAGCCCCAGCUGUGACCACAGAGCUGGUGCCCCAAGAGAAGGA